GGCGCGUACCUCGAUUUCAGCGAAGAGGAGGAGGUUGAGGCAGGCUUAUUAUUGAGUGCCACAACACUGGACAAGGGAACAGGUGGCCAUGAAAAGGAUUGUAUUUACAGCGCCUUCCUUAAUGCUCACAUCGCUUAUAAAGCGGGAGCCUAUCAGGCUCUCUGCACGCUUCUCAUGGCAGAGAUAUGUGAACCGUUCGAUAAUGGUCCUGGACUCUUGACGGAAGGUGGCCGCGAGUCCAAGGCGAGCUCACGUGGAAGUCGUUGUCCAAGCAGUGCUGAUUUAGCUGAAAGUGAUCGCCGAAACCGUCGAGCUGCAACAAUGGCGGACAAUGAAGCGAUGAGAACAGUUUUGUCAGCAUUAUACCACAUGGUAGAGCUGAUCCGCAACCAGGAACUAACUGAUUCUCUAUCAGUCGAUGAUCCCAACUUGCAAGCCAGAAGGAGCGCUUUCUUGGAAGAAUUAAGUGAGCCGCUCGAUCAUGUGGGCCAACCAUUGCUUAUUGUGCUGUUUCGAAAUGCUCCCUCCGUUCUAUACUGGCACUUCGCCUCAUUUCCCAAUCAAAAAAAUCCUUCUUCUCAUAUGGAAAAUUUUACUAGCCACGUUAGGUGGUUGGCGUCACUUGGAUGCGAUGAAAGCAGCCAAAAGGGCUGCGCUCGGUCUUCCCAGUAA